AUGUCUCGGUAUGAUGACUACCGCUCAUCAACAGGGACCCUGGACUCUCGCGAUCGCUACGAUCGAUACUCACGGGGUCCCCCCGUGCUCGAAAGACCGCGCUAUGCCGAAGAGCGGUUUGAAGCACGCCUGCGUGACGAAGACCGAUAUGGACCCCCUGCGCGCGCACCUGGGAGACUCUAUGAGGAUGACCACUUAGACCACUCACUGCCUGCCAACUCUCUUGUGGCGUAUGACCGAAGCCGACGCCGUGAUGACAGUCCCUCAUUUCGGCGCCCCCAACUUAUUAGGCGGCAGUCCUCCUUGGACACCUUUGACCGCAUACCCCGGCGCAAGAUGGAACAACUUGAUGCCCGAGCUCGCGCACCUCGCGCUCCCCGUAUACCGGUCGUUGCUCCGCCUCGUCCACGGUUCUCUCCGGGCCGUUAUCGUGAGCGAGAAGUCUACGAGGAUAUUAGGAUUGCCGAGCCCGAAUAUUAUGGUGAUGAAGAGUUCAGAGAUAUUCGUGACCGAGAUAUGGUUGAUCGUCGCCGCCGCUCUAGCAGCACUGUUCGCAGACAUGAGAAGCCUUACCCACGCAAAGGGAAGACCCGCAUUCCUCGUCACCUUGCUCAUAUUCAUGCUAUCAUGGAUCUAGGGUAUCCAUUCAAGGAAGAGGGAAGUGUGAUAGUCAUUCAGAAGGCAUUGUCGAAAGAGCAGAUCGACGAAGUGCUCAGCUUGAGCCGCGAGUUCAGGCGACCUGACCCUGUGGAAACCGAAUACAUUGACUACUCCCCUUCUCCUCCAUUGAGGGAACAGCCACGCGAGCAGGUGACAGAAUAUUUGCGCGUGGAGGCUUCUCCCCGGACCAGCCAGGCAUUAAUCGUGGAAGCAACACCUACUCGGCAUAGGUCACGGUCGCGCCACCAUGUGGAUCAGUACGAGGAGAUUGUAGAGAGGCCGCGAGUGCAAGAAGUCUCCCGGCGACGAGCUGUAUCAGUAAAUGAUCGUGGUCCUCGUAUCGCUCCCGUGGAGUAUAUCGAGGAGCGGGAUUCUACUGCUGUUCGCACGGGCCCGAUGGUUGUCGUCCGUCCACGGGAGAGCGAUCGCGACGCGAGCGAUUACAUACGCGAUUUGGAAGAGGAGAUGAGACUUCUCCGUCUGGAGCGACAGGGUGGAAUUGAGAUCACUCGGCAACGCGAAACAGAUAUCAUUGACGAUAGAGGGAAUCAGGAGGAAAUCACCGAGACCAGGACGCAGGAGCGUGCAGAACCCAACUCUCGCAUCGUGCGUGCUAUGUUGGCAACUCUGACCUGA